AUGUUGUUUGAAAUGAAAGAUGCUGUAAGCAGGUUACGGAAAACACUAACACAGACUGGAAUCUCUUCUGCUGACUCCAAUCAGUCUUCCUCCUCUUUAAAUAGUAGUUCCUCAACUAAUAAAGAUAGUAAGAACAAUAGUAAAUAUGAAUUUGAUUUUGAUGAUGAUUCUUUGCCAAAAGUGAUAUUAAAUGGUUACCUUCCCUCUACGAAGAAUAGAUUGCUAACGCCAGAUAUGUGUGAUGAUAUAAGGAUGCUUAUGCCAACUAGAAUACAACUUUAUACCGAUUGGAAAUUGAUGUAUAGUUUAGAGCAACAUGGCGCUUCUCUUCACUCGUUAUAUGAUAGCAUUGCUCCUGAUAGUGAUACUCCAAUGAGAGUUGGCUACGUAUUGGUGAUAAAAGAUAGAUUGAGUGGUAUAUUUGGUGCUUAUAGCAACGAACCUUUCCAUCCUACAGAUGCAAGAAGGUAUUAUGGUAAUGGUGAAUGUUUCUUAUGGCAAAUGGAAAAAGUACCCAAUGUCAGUAUAGACAGAGACACCAAUAUCGAAAAUAAUACCAAACAGGACAUUAGCGAUUAUAGAUGGAGGUUUAAAGGAUACCCAUAUACUGGAAUAAACGAAUAUGCUAUUUAUUGUACUUCUAAAUUCCUAUCUAUGGGAGCUGGGGAUGGCCAUUAUGGUAUUUGGUGUGAUGACAGUCUAAUACAUGGAGUAUCCGGUCCUUGUCUAACAUUUGGAAAUGAUACUUUAAGUAAAGAGGGGGACAAAUUUCACAUUAUAGGUUUAGAAAUUUGGAGAGUAGGAUAA